AUGGACGCCCUCAGACCAGGUCAUGCUCAUCGAAGCAGUAGUGAUCGAUUACUAAACAACUACCUUGACUCUCAAAAAUCGCUCUCGACAUCGUUGUUGACACUUUUAUCUCAUUCUCAUUCAUCCACAUCAUCUUUAUUAGCCUAUGUCACAUCUUCCCCCGGUGUGAUCGUGCCUAUCCGAAGAGCAGUCAAACAUGCUGCGUUCGAAGGACCGCUAUCAGCCGAUUUGACACAUGAUCCAGAUCAUUCACAUCACGAUCAUGGACAAGGUGGAUGGGCAGCUUUUAUAUCUUCUUUAGAUCAAUUUCGAAAAGAUCUCAAACAGAUACAUUUGUUAGAGGAAGAAUUAUCACGAGUUAAACGUGAUCGUGAAAUAUUAGUUACAAGAUUGAUUAAAUCAACUAAAUCAAGACCCACAAAAUCAGAUUUAUCUGCUUUGGCAACUUCUUAUUCAACAAAUCAUAAUGGACCUCAAUCAUCUAGAGCUUCAAUCAUUUCUAUGAGUAGUAAUGGUUCUGCUACCACCAAAGAAAGUAAAAGAGCGGGUAAAUUAGCAGAUGCUCAAGCUGAAUUAUUAGGUUGUGAAGAACAUUUACGAAGUCUAGAAGUCAGAAUCGAAAAUGAAAGAAACAAAGUCAUGAUGAGAGGUUUAGAAGAAAGAUUUAGAUCAAUGGAUGUCGUUGGUAGAAUGUGGGUCAAGCAAGCUAAGAGAGGUUUAUCGGAUCUAGAACGAUUACAGGAUCUUCCUCCUGACGCCUUUGAAGUCGACUCUAACGGCUCGCUCGCUCCAUCUCAGUCCGCUUCUCAGAUCGCAUAUGAAGAUGCUCCCCAUCGAUCAGGCGGUGUCCCCUUCCCCAGAGGUUUUGGACCUGCACAUGGCCCAGGCUCUAUUUCCGGUAGCAUUCAAGAAGAAGAUGAAGACGGAAGUUCAGCGGACGAAGCUCCUAACGGUGGUACACUGAUCGUUCAUGAAAAUCGCCCUGGAUCUAGAGCUGCCGCAUUCAACAACCCUCCCGGGAAAGCUCAACACACUCCUGGAAAACCAUCCCCAUUGGGUGUGCCUUCUGUAAAUACUCAAGCUAGACCUUUGUCUUCCACUAUUGGCAAUGGACCAAGACAUGAAUUCGGUGGAGAUGACUCUGAUUCUGAUGCACCCAAUCCUCGAGCUGGAGGUAGAAGAGCCGCCAGUGAUAUUGGAGGAAUGGCAUAUCGACCACCAACUGGUAGACAACCUCUCAGGAGAACUUUCUCGGACGACCAACAUCAAUCUUCUACACCCCAACGACGAGGAGGAUCAGACACUUCCAGUAUCAGAUCACACACAAAGAAAAAGAAGGGAUUCUUCGCUUCCAUCGGCCGACUAUUCAAGGGUAGUUCCAAGAAGCAAGGUAGAUCAGGUAGAGAUUCACCUCCAUACGGAUCAUCUAGUCCGGUAGGUGGAGGCAGUAAAGGAGGAUGGCAUACUAGAACAGACUCGAACAUCAAGCGAAGUAGUACCUUCCGUAGUGGAAGACGUGGCGGUGAUGAUUCAUCUUCCGACGACGAGGCAGGUAAUUUCGUUAGCGUAACAAACAAUAGAAACAGUACCUGGUCAAUCGAUAAUUCGCGGGAUGCUAAAGGUGGUAUCAAGCGAAGUUCAACCAUGCCCAUAGCAAGCGGUCUAAUUCCUUCUAAACCUGCAAAAUCAGAUUUGGGCAUGAAGAGGAACUCUAGCCAAAGUACACUCACAGCCACCAGACCUCGUUCCAUCACUCCAUUACCUGUGUCUAAUACAAAACCUGUCAACCAAGGUAGUUUGGCUCGAUCAAAUACUGCCAAGUCGACACUGUCAACUGCCACAGCCAAGUCAGCCGGUACGGUCAAAUCAGCAGGUACAGUCAAGUCAAAUGGAACUGCCAAAAAGAAGACCAGAAACAACGGUUCCAUCGCUCGAGCUUCAAUAACCGCUCAACAAGCCGCCGAAGGUAGAAACAUCAUGCAACUCGUUGACGGUGCUCAACCUCCUACAAUGCCCGAUGUACCUAAAGCUCCUAGAAGUCAAGUCACACCUCAAAUGGAAUUGGCCAAAGCGCCAGGAUCAUCUCUUGUUCCAGGUUCCACACCUGUCAAAACCGCACAGGCCAAACCUAAUGGAGAUGUACCUAUGUUAGGAAAAACGAUCUCAAGAUCCAACUCGGUCAAGAACACGAAAUCUGCCAGUCAACCUGAAGUCAAGAAAGAUUCACCACCUUUGAGAUCGACAACACCUUUACCACCUUCACGAACAUUAUCUCCUCCACUGAAGUCCUCUUUAAGACCAUCUUCUCCAGCGCCACAUGCGAGCCCGCCCUUGUCACAAGAACCACCUAAACCAAUGUACAGCAUCACCGCUCCAGGACCCGUUCAACUGACUCCCGAAGAGGAAAAACCAGAAGAAACUCCAAUUCCUCCUCCUAACAACAAGAGGAAUUCGUAUCACUCCAUGACCUCGGAUGCAGCAUCGAUUUAUGAAAGUGCAAACGAAGGUGACGGUACGUCAGAUGGCGAAGGAUCAAGUGCAGAAGAAGAUGAAAUGACGGGAUAUAAAGUUGUUGAGAAUGAAAAAGUUGCAAGAGCAGGUGAAAUCGCUACUGGUGUUGGGAGAGACCACGAUGACGGUGAUGACACAGCAUCUGAUCACACAGUAGAAGCUGCACCUGUUUCUUCCAAUAAUAAUCGAUCUGCUCCUCCUGCACCCAUUCAAGUACCACCUGCACCGUCUUCAAAUGUAGGUUCAACUGUCUCUAGGAGGAAAUCAGUCAGAAUGGCUAUACCGGAUUCACCAAUAGUUGAAAAAGCACCGCCACCCAUAACUACUCAUUCAGCAACAACUGAUAACGCUUAUAUCCCUUCUUCGACAACGACAACUGAGAACGAUAGAGCGCCAUCACCCGAACCUACCACCGAAAGAAGUCACGAAAAUUGGUCGACUAGGAUAGGAAGAAUGAGAGAAGAUACUUCAGACGAAGAAGAUGCCGAUCCAGAUUACCUAAAAGCGAGAAAAGGUCUAUAUAAAAUUGACAAAAAGUGGGAUGCCUUAAAUGCUGAAGAAAAAGAGAGAAAGGCUCAAGAAUCAAAAUUGAAGAAAAGAUCAAGCACAAGAUCAAAAAGUUCAACAAAAUCAAGAUCAUCGAGGGUAUAA